GGACUCUGCUCCUGCGGCUCAAGGUCGCGGCCUCCCACCGGCGCGACCACCGGAUUACGACCGGUACGGCUAUGACCGUUUGGACUCGUCCUGGGACCGGUAUGAUCGUAAUGGCAGACCAUUGCAUAUACAUGAUCGAUACGAUAUCUCUGAACCGGAUAAAUACGAUUGGAUGGAAGGCUGGGUUCGCGAUCAAAGCCGGACGAGGAGUGGAGCGCUUGUGCCCGCAAGUAAAGCACUCAUACGUUGAGAGGGGCAGAGGUAUGACCGUGACAGUUCAGUGUCAGAGAUGGGACUUGUGAGGACCGGACACCGCCCUAAUUCAUCUGGUCGGCUGCCUGCAUGCAGACGGAUGAUUGAACCGAAUGAUCAUCUUCCACUGUCGGGUGAAAGUGAGAAUCACCACCAGCGCGAACAUAGACAGCCUGCAGAUGCCAACGCCUUUCAAGAUAACCAGCAAUACCAAUACCAAGGCAAAACUCUUGACGAUGUACAAAGACCAUCUGCUAAAGCAGAUACCACCCCUCCCGGAGACAUGGGACAACUCCUGGCGAAGCAGAACGUUAACGUAUGGAACCCGUCCCAAACCACCAAUAUCACAGUCCAUCUAGAUAUGGAUGUAGAACAUGACCUUGAUGGCAGUCUUGAAGAGUUUGCCCGCUUGAUUAGACUCGGAAACUUCGCUGCCGCAAAAGAAUUCUUCGCGGAUAAUCUGGAGGAACAUAUGGACAAGCCGUAUGUGCUUGUGCAGUAUGCAGAGAUGUUGCUUGAGCAGGGUGAUUAUAAAGCCAUAGCCGAGCUUGAAGACGACCCAAUUUGGAACGCAGAAGGCAAUAUAUUGGACAAUGAGGAAGGCCGGCUGAUUCAGAUGUACUGGGGGCUUAUGCUACUCUAUGCGGACUGCCACAAACCUGGGACUGAUCCAAGACGAUUCAGUAUCAUAUCAGAUACUUUGGAUACGCUUCACUCUACCGUUAAUCCUGAAGGGCGGGACAUAGCAUCAACUGAGAUCAAAAUCCUUGCCUUGAUCAUCCGUUUCUGUUCCUUUCCGCAUGUUCAUGUAAACCGCAUUGAACUCCACCAACACCUUGAGGAAAUGUUCCCUGAAACCUUUUACAAAAGCCUGUACACAAAUCUCCUCAGGCAAGGCCGAAUCUGGGACUUCCAUGAUAUCAUGCUCGCCAGGAUAACCGUGGAAAAUAUACAGGACAUGACUGGAUUUUGGACUGAUUGUUCCGGGAUUCGCCUACGCUUGCGAGCCUUGAAAACAGACUGGACGAGCCCUGAUGGUGAUAUCGACAUCUCGACGAGCCUUGCACUACUGAGCAUCUUCACAUCCAUCGUAAUCGACUAUUGCUUCUAUUUCAACGGCAAGGAAGAUAUGGUUGAAGGCAUCUUGGAUCAGUCUCGGCCGCUUGCUCAGUCGGUCUCGCAGAAUGAUCCUCAGACCAUGAAGAGUCGACCAUAUAUCAAAUGGAUUAUAGCGAAAGCACAGUUUAGCAACGAAAAAGGCCCCAAUGAGACCGACGCUUUCGUUCAAUACCUACAGUCUACUCGGGGAGUUGUAUAUCACUACACCCGCCGGGGACUACCACGAUAUGUCCCAGUCAACGAUGAAAAUCCGGGAUGGAAGCUGUCAGACGCAGAAGACAAGUACAAAAACCCUAUCAAACUAGCCUUGAAAACAGCGCAAGAACUUGGGGACUACAACACCCAGGAAAUAGCUUUACAGCAGCUCAUACGUCUUACUUCAAACCCACUGAAAGAAUUCGAUAUGCUUUGAAACGUACAGAAAGAAGUUCAAGGGAAUAACUACGGCUACGUGUACACGCUGGCUUCAAGGUACUUGGUUUCGGAUACAGAUGAAUUGAG